UACGCUUUUCGCGUGCCGACGCCUCCUCGUAUCAUCAUCCCACCGCCUGCGCACAACAUGGAGUCAGUGGCAAAUCUGCAAGUCACCAACGUCUCGACGAUCGAUAGGAACGGGCCAGACGUGAGCUUCCUCGCCUUGAUCAACCAAGGUCUGCUGGAGUCUCAGAACGCGGGAUUGGAAUGGACAUACGAGAAGAGACGCGAGGCACAGUUCGUCACGCCAUAUAUAUAUUUGGGACCACACAGCGCAGCGAAGGAUCGCGAAUUUCUCGUUAAUACGGGCAUCACCAUGCUGCUGGGCAUCAGACAUGGAGCAACUCCAGUGAACGCCGCUCGGCGCAUUGCGCAGGAACUGGACAUCACAUUCACGACCGUCGAUGUGCUCAACCCGCAAGAGCUCGUCCACUCUUUCCCUGCCUCUACGAGUAUCAUCAACGCCCACCUCUCCAAAGUUCAGAGUCGCAUACAAUCUGGCCAGGGCAGUGGUGCGGAGCACGGAAAAGUCCUCGUCUUCUGCGAGUCCGGCAACGAGAAGUCGGCGGCUGUGGUGGUGGCGUGGAUGAUGGAGAUGUUGAAUCUGGAUUUCCUCAGGGCCAUGCAGUUCUGCCAGACUCAGCGUUUCUGUGUCAACUUCGACGAUAACCUAAAGCUCAUCUUGCAGUCAUAUGGCGAUAUUCUGGAUGCUAAGCGCCAAGUUGCCUCAUCAAGGAGGGAGCUUACAACUGGUUUGUCACAAUCGGGCUCCAAGCGCUCUCUGGAUUUGACUCCUGUUGAGGAUAUGGACGUGGAUGCUACUACCGACGAUGAUAUGGCACGGUUUGAGGGACGCGACUACGCACCUUUUCAAGAUGUC